AUGGCUUCUCUCAUUUCUUGCCCUCUCCUCAAUUUUCUGCUUAUUUCUUUCACUUUUCUCUCACUUUUACUGAUUAAAAGCCAUGCUUCUGAAGGAAGAAAAUCCAUAGAAAGCCAUUAUCAUACUGUUGAAAUCAGCUCUCUACUGCCAGCUUCAGUCUGCAGCCCCUCCGUCACAGGUCCCAGCAAGAGGCCAUCUACAUUGAAAGUUGUCCACAGGCAUGGUCCAUGUUCUAAACACAGCCAAGACAAGGCCACCCCAUCCCUCGAUGAGAUACUGACCCAUGACCAGUCUCGUGUUGACUCGAUCCAGUACAAGAUCAAUCCCAAGAUAGAGACGGACAAAAUUAAGAUUAAGAAUAAGAAGGCAGCCCUUCUAGUGGAAUCUGGUGAAGCACUUGGCUCGGGAAACUACAUCGUAAGCCUUAGCCUUGGAACACCCAAGAAAUCCCUAUCUUUGAUUUUUGACACUGGCAGUGACUUAACAUGGACUCAAUGUGAACCAUGUGCACGCGUUUGCUAUGAACAACAAGAUCCAGUUUUCAACCCUACUGAAUCAACCACAUAUUCAAAUGUAUCGUGUAGUUCGACUCAAUGUUCUCGACUCUCCUCGACCACAGGAAACAACCCUGGUUGCUCCACCAAAACAUGUGUGUAUGGCAUACAAUAUGGUGACCAAUCCUUCUCUAUAGGAUUCUUUAGUCAAGACACAUUGACCAUAUCAUCAUCGGAUGUAGUUCCAAACUUCUACUUUGGAUGUGGCCAAAACAACCAAGGCCUGUUUGGAAACACGGCCGGCUUAUUAGGCCUUGGCCGGGACGCUCUUUCUAUCGUGUCCCAAACAGCACAAAGAUAUGGAAAAUACUUCUCAUAUUGUCUCCCAUCAUCAUCAUCCUCAACUGGACACUUGACAUUUGGAAAGGGUGGAGUUUCACGCAAUAUGAAAUUCACCCCUUUUGUUGGCUCACAAAGUACAUCAUUCUAUUUCAUCGACAUUCUAGGAAUCAGUGUAGGCACGACUCAAUUGCCUAUUAGACCAUCCAUAUUCAAGACUACAGGCACGAUCAUAGACUCUGGUACAGUCAUAACUCGACUUCCUCCUGCAGCCUACGACGCUUUGACAACUGAGUUCAGGAAACAGAUGAAAAUGUAUCCAAGUGCACCAGCCUACUCGAUAUUGGAUACGUGUUAUAAUUUUAACAAAUAUACCACAGUACACAUUCCAAAGAUCGUUUUUACUUUUGGUGGCAAUGUGAAAGUGGAUUUAGCGUUUUCGGGAAUACUUAUUGCUAUUAACUCGUCCAAUGUAUGCUUGGCAUUUGCGGAAAACAGUGAUGCCUCGGAUGUCGGGAUUAUCGGAAAUGUCCAACAGAAGACGUUGGAGGUGGUGUAUGAUGUUGCAGGAGGGCAGUUAGGAUUUGCACCUGGAGGAUGUUAA